CGUGCUUCACGCGACUGGCUCAGGAUGGUAUAGCUGCAUGCUCUGCUGCUGCUGCUGCUGCUGCUCUCCUGGCCAUGUAGGACACCGGCUCUGGCGGGAAUUUUUUGUAUGCGAAUCGAAACCCAUCAAACACAGGGCAUGUGAAGCUGUAAAACGAGCCUGGUCGAGCCUAGUCUGUUAAAGUACAGUAUUGCUGCACAAUCGCUCGAUUUUGCUCAAAAGUGUUUACUAUUGAUAUAAUCUCAAAUCCAUAUUCCCGUUUGAAAUGGCCCCACCAAAGAAGAGGAAUAUUUCAGCAGGUACAGGUGAAGCAACAGCACCAAAACGCUCUAAGGGCAAAACAACUCCCAACCUUGGCUGGGAGUGGGAGGCAAAAAAAGGUGUGUGGAAAGUGUACACCCCUGAGAAUGAAGUGUUAUUAAACAAAGCACUUAAUACUCGUAAGGCUAAGGUGAUAGUCAAAGAUGUAGGUGGAGAAAAAUGUGAUGUAAAACUGGAAGAGAUGGUCCAUGUUAACAGUAAGACAGGAUGGGAAUGCCAGAUGAGAGCUUGCAUCAAAGAUGGUGAUGAAUAUUACCUAUGGCAGUGGCAGGACAAGAAAAAGAAAUGGCAUUGGCAUAAACCAUUGGACUGCAUUGCCCUAGAAAAAGCGUACCAGGCAUCUGAAGACUUCAUUGAUGUAGAUUGCUGGACAGUAGACAUCAAGAACAUGAAGCAAAGCAAUGUCUCAACCAAGGAAAAUGCAACCAUUCAAAGGUUAAAAACAGAUCAUGCAGUGCCCGACACUGGCGAACCAAAUGGGACAUCCAAGAAGCCAGCUGCGAAAAGUGCAAAAUCAUCACCGGUUAAAGUAAAAACCGAGCCAAAAGAUGUAAAAUCAACCAGCAGAUCAGGAUCAAGUGUGAAGAGUGUCCAAAUUAAGGGUAACAGAGUUCCUGUUGAUGCAGACUGUGUUAAGAAGGUUGGCAAAGCACAAGUUUAUGUUGAAGGCAAAGAUGUGUACAAUAUUAUGUUGAAUCAGACAAACGUAGCAAAUAACAACAACAAAUACUACUUACUGCAAUUGUUGGUUGAUGAGGGAAGUCCUAAUUACAGUGUGUGGUUCCGAUGGGGUAGAGUUGGGUAUAAGGGCCAGAAUAGCCUUGUUGAAUGUGGUACAAACCUUGAGCAAGCGAAAAAAUCAUUCACACAGAAAUUUAAAGCAAAGACUAAAAAUGAUUGGGAAUGCAGGGACUUUUUUGAGAAGGUUCCCGGGAAAUAUGACAUGCUGGAGAUGGACUACACUGUGAAGCAUGGUAAAGAUGAAGCAGACAGUGCUGUUGUGAAAGAGGAACCGUCAAUGCAAAUACAUUCCAAACUGGAUAAGAGAGUGCAGGAUGUGAUCAAGAUGAUAUGUAACAUAAAUGCAAUGACCGAGGCUGUUGUUGAGAUGAAGUAUGAUGCAGUGAAGGCACCACUCGGUAAGCUCACAGCUGAACAGAUUAAGUUUGGUUAUCUAGCACUGAAGGAAAUUGAGAAGUGCAUUACCAAAGGGAUUAUCGGAAAGCAGCUAAUUGAAGCAUGCAAUGAUUUCUAUACCAGAAUUCCCCACUGCUUUGGAAUGACAAGACCACCAUUGAUACGUACCAAAGAAGAAUUGAAAGCCAAGAUCAAACUUCUCGAGGCACUGGCAGAUAUACAGAUUGCUCUUACUGUACUCGAAGAAGGCUUGAAUACUAAUGAACACCCAAUUGAUAACCAAUAUCAUUCAUUAAAAUGUGAACUAAAACCACUAGAGAAGGACAACCCAGAUUUUAAGAUGGUUAAUCAGUAUGUACAGAACACCCACGCAAAAACACAUGCUCAUUACAAGCUGGAGGUGAUGGAUGUUUUUGAGAUGGAGAAGGAGGGAGAAAAAGACCGCUUCAAAGAUGUUGGCAACAGGAUGCUUUUAUGGCAUGGUUCGCGACUGACAAAUUUUGCUGGCAUCAUGAGCAAGGGGCUAAGAAUAGCUCCACCUGAGGCCCCUGUCACAGGCUACAUGUUUGGGAAAGGUGUUUAUUUUGCUGACAUGUCAUCUAAGUCUGCUAAUUAUUGUUUUGCUACAAGUAGUAAAGAUGUUGCCUUCAUGUUACUUUGUGAGGUUGCCUUGGGAACACCUAAUGAAUUACUUGCUGCAGACUACAGGGCAGACAAACUGCCUCAUGGGAAACACAGUGUCAAAGGUCUUGGCAAGAUGGCCCCUGAUGCCACAAAAUCCCAUGUCAUGUCAGAUGGAACUGUUGUGCCUUUGGGCAAGAGCAAUGACACUGGUGUGGUGAAUCCUUCCGGUUACACCCUCAAUUACAACGAGUACAUUGUCUACAACACCAGUCAAAUCAAGAUGAGAUAUCUGAUCAAGUUGAAGUUCAAAUUUUGAUUAUGUGUGCUGAAAAAUUAAGUAUCAUAAAUUUUGAUGCGGUUUUUUUGUACAUUAUGCUAUGUAAAAAUAUAAAAUUUUGUGAAAAACAUUAAUGAAUAAUGCAUGAAACCAUAACAUAGCAUAUACCAAGAAAGGAAUCAACGCCACUGUUCAUAAGGUUGCUAUACAUAUAGUUCGCUAGUCAUACUGUAACUCAUAAAGCUCUUUACAAACAAUUUGCUGCUGGUCAAGAAAAAUAAAGCUGUUAGUCAUUGUAGUGCCAAUUAAAAUUUUAUCAAAGUCGUAUGCUGUCAUGCAUGUGCUGUCUCAACAAUGUUAUUGGUAAAUUUGAAGAUAUGAGAUAGAUCUGAGUAGAUCUGUAAUUCGCAACUGUCUAGUACUACUACUAGUAGUAGUCUAUAGGGUAAGCUAAUGUUCAAGUGACGUUCUGGUAUAGGGUAAGCUAAUGUGGUCUAGCAACCUUCUGGUGUAGGGUAACCUAAUGUUAUGACUAGCGACCCUCUGAUACAGGGAAGCUAAAGUUAUAACUAACAAACAUAAUGAACGUUAUACCGUUAAAGGCAAGUUUUAACACUAAAUUACCAGAGGCUGAAUACUUAAGUUAAACACACACAAAUGGCAACAUAUAUUGAGGUUUGCAUUGUUAAAAACAAUGCUGACCUAUUGACUUGCUGAUACCAAAUUUGCAUUAUGUAUUUGCAAAAUGUGUUUUUUCAGAAGCUGUUGUGUGCUUGGUAUAUUCACAAAUUUGUAUUGUGCAUCUAAUAUUUGAAACACCUUGUAAGGUAGAAAAGCUAUUCCAAUAUUUAACAGCAGUUGCAAUUGUAGUAGAGCCAAUAUGUAAAUAGCUAUUAUUUUCCUUAAAGAAUUAUUUAAAAAAAUGAAAAUGUUA